AUGGAUGUCGAGGGAUACUCUGCGGAAGAAUUUGACGAGGAAAAGCAGCAUGCAUUUAUAGAAGCAAUUGCGGACAUGCUCGGUGUGCUUCCGUCACAAGUUACUAUCGAUAGUAUCACAGACACCACCUCCUCGAAGAAAGGGCGGCGUCGAAGGAAUUCUCGACGUUCGCUUUUGUCCGGUUCGCUUCACGUGCAAUUUAGCAUCGCAGUCCUUUACGUCGAGGAAGUGCAAAACAUCGAAGACACGAUUAUUCAAUCAGAAUCUUCGGCAGUCGUUCAAGUGUUCCAAGCAAACGGUCUUUUAGAGGUUUCAUCCGUCGUACCGCCAACAUCAGUGACAAAAUAUUAUCCCCCACCACCUCCGCCGUUACCUCCACCAUUGCCUCCAUCGCCGCCUCCAUCACCAACGCCUCCACCUUCUCCACCUCCUCCUUCGCCGCCUCCUUCGCCGCCUCCUUCCCCACAACCGCCACUACCAUCUAGUCCACCGCCUUGGCCACCAAAUCCGGCAUCGCCGCCAAAUCCGCCGCCGAAUCCGCCACCGCUUAUUCCCUCGUCGCCUCCACCGCUCGUAGAACCAUCAUCGCCUCCACCGCAACCUCCACCACAGCCGCCUUUGAUCGAUUUUUCGGAAACUUUAGCCCCGAAUCCAUCGCCGAUUUCGACGGAUACUUCUGGAAAUCUCGCACUAGACGAAGUUUACGACACUUCUAUCACAGAUGACUACGAAGAUCCGUUUGAUAAGGUUUUCGUGGCAUCUAGUAGAACCGCUCUGCCGGAUUCGCUCUUUUCCAUGCCGCGGUAUAAUCCAAGAUCUGGUUUGGAAUACCAAGGUCAGUUUCAAAACCCGGCCGCGGAUCCAGAUUAUAUGGGCAUGUUACUCGGACAAGCACUACCAGGUAUCAUGAUUGCAUUAUUUACAUUUUUCUGCUCUCUUUUGGGAUUAUUUAUAGUCCUUGGUACAGUAUUUGCAUACACGAGGAGACAACUUAGACAAAUGCAGCGGAGCAAGUCUAUAAUCCCGAGAGCGUGGUCGAUAAUUAUCAGACCGAAACCGUUCACUGUCAAACAACUCAAGAGAAUGAAGAAAGUAAUAAUAACGUUGUCGCUCGUGGUGUUUGUCGGUUGUAUCGCCGUAUUGACGACAGGAAUGCGAGUGAAAAACUCCAUGAUUAAAUUCGGCGACGUGAUGCUUAAAUCCGUGGUUGAAGUUGAGGAAUCGACUUUGAAAAUAGAAGAGGUUCUUUCGCGCGAAAAUGUGCUCGAGAAUGUAACAAUUUUUGUCACAAAACUUAACGAAGACAUCGCGACCAUUAAAGACUCGUAUAGCAGUGUCAGAUCUGGAUUGACGUCGAGUUCUACAGGUAUACAGUUCUCGCUAAUCACACUGAGCGUGUUCAUAAGUUUGCUCGCAUUUUUAGCGGCAUUUUUCGUAUACAUCGAUCAAUGGAAGCUCGUCAUCGUCUUGAAUAUAGUGAUAUCUAUUUUUACGUGUUUUGCUUGGUUGUUAUGGUCUGGCAUCACGAUGAUGGGUACGAUGACGAAUGAUAUGUGUUAUUCAAUGCAAGUAUUCAUCGAACCUGGAGGGGAGGGUUACGUAGAUUUGAUGGAUAUAUUGCCAUGUAUAUCUGCGCCAAUUGCGGUGAGUUCAAUUGGUAUCCUGAGGGCAACAAUUGCGGAUAGGGCAUACCAAAUAAACCGUCGCAUAGUAAAGAACGAUCCAUUGAUGGGCCUACCAUUGGUUUGCCACGAAUAUGUCGAGGUGAGCGCUGAAUUAACGUGCGAUCCUGCAGGGAGGUAUGCCGAAACGAAUUACGCAAAAACGGUCUGUUCGGCUUAUAUGAACGGCGUUCUGGAUGAUGAGUUGAACGUUGGCGAGAUGACAUUUUGGCCGAGCGUGAAAGGUGUCGGCGGGAGCUGUGGUUACGGUAACACAUCAUGGAGCGCGUUUGGUUCGCGCGGUCAUACAGUUUCUGCGGUCAAUUUUGAAGCUGCGUACACGGUGUGCGAAAAUAAAGAAGGCUGCGAGAAUUCGUUGCCGUCGAAGAUGCCUCGGGUUCCGUAUACGGAAUCUGUAGACUUGUCCUCUUCCGUCGCUGCGCUCGUGGAUAUCGUUCCUGACACACAAAAGCUUCUCACGUGCCAGUAUGUCAAAGAAGCAUUUGAGAGUGCGGUGCCUUUGUGCGACGAAACUAUAUCGAACUUGACGUAUCUGUGGCGGGGUAACUCGAUCGUCGCUACUGCGUUAUUCGGGUUAUGGAUUGCACUCUUGCUCGCCGUGCAACGUCUAUCGAACAAACACUUACUCGUGAAAAAUAUGAUGGGAGCGAUGAAAUCCUUCAAAGCCAUGAAGGCAGGAGGAAAAGGAUCUUUUCUAGGCGGGAAAGUAGAAAUACCCCCGUUUGUUCAGCGGAUGAAGGCAACUUUUUGGACGACGGGGAAAGAAUUGAGAGGAAGUCCUAGUUUCAAACCGAACGCAACGACGAGAAUAUCAAAAAGAUUCAAAAAGCACGUUCAAGCGAUUGGAGAAUUGCGAGUGAAGAUUAAAACUCUUCAGAUGAGCAAGUUAAGACGCUUAAUUGCGAACAUGACACCGCGUUGUCGAGAAGAAUUGAAGAAACAAAAGCUGAAAGAGAUCAACGCAAUUUGGAAACAAAACGCCAAACGCUUAAGCUCGUUAAGAAAAGAAGAGAUGAGUUUAUCUUUUCGACGUGAAGAAAGUAUAAAAAGAAAAGAAGAAGAUGAUGAACGAAUACGAAGAGCCGAAGAGGCUGCUAAUAACGCCGAACGUUCGAUCACGUUUCAGAACGGCGGUGAGGAUAGUUCAGAAGACGAUGACAACGAUGAUAUUUACAACUCUCCGGAAACGUUGGCUACGUUUCAGACCAACGAUGACGCUGCUGACGACGACAUCUACAACCAGGCGUAUCUAGGAGCACCGUUCUCUCAAUCUCCUCAGAACGAGGUUGAACGAAUGCUUUUCGCGCUCGACCGCGCAAAAUUAGAGGCGCAAAAGAAAGAGACGGCGACACAAGUAGCCAUAUCAACCAUGAUGGAACAACUUGGCACAGCGCGAGCGACAGUUGCGAAAAAAAACACAGAACUAACAUCAUCACCAAUCGAAAGUAUGCUCGAAACGAUCGAAAAGGCUCGAAAUAACGCCGCCAAAAAACUUUCGCCUGUCGCUCCUGCUCCUGCGGGGACAGUCGCUUUACCCAUGCCAUCUCCUCCUCUCACACCACCACCACCACCGGCGACGACGACGACGACGUCAACGUUUGCCGUAGGCGCUCUGCUUCAACAACUCGAACGAGCUCGAGCGCAAGUUACUUCGAAAGCGACCCCGCCUUCGCCGCCGCCGCCACCGCAAAACGUCACGGAGCGAAUGAUACAACAGUUAUCCGAAGUGCGAGAGCGUUUGUUGUUAGCCGUGAAGGAAGAUGAUGCCGUUUCUGCCGCCGACGAUAAAGACGACCAUUCAAGUUAG